GGAUAUUGACUGGAGAGAGAAAACUAAGGACAAUGCCUUUUGAAAUGUGUUGUAUCGAAAGGUAUUAAAAUGUGGCACACAAACAAUUAGGGAAAAAGGGAAACCCACCAAACACAUCAGAGGGAUUCCUACUUUCAGCAAAUAGGAUGUCAAGGACUUAACGGCCACGGGACCAGAACUGAAGACUAAAAAAGCAUCAGCAUUUACAAGCAUUAACUUAUUGAAUAUGCGUUCCUACUAUACAUCUAAGGAUAUGCGAAAAUACGGUGACUUGAGCUAUGAGAGCAAGUACCUUCUGGAUCCAAAGUUUAUGACCAAGCAGGACCUGCAGCAAUACUACUGCUACUACAACAUGUCCAAGAGUCGCAGUCAGUUCAAGAAGGUGGUGGUGGUGAUCUUUUUCCUCUGCAUCUUCUCCUACCUUUGCAUGGACUACAACCUGCGGACAAAGUUGCUGCGAUUCCGCGAUGGCUUCGAUUUCAUGGCCCGCAUCGAGGACCGCUACGGAGGAAACUUAAGUCAGGCGUAUUUCAUAGAUACACCUGGCUGCCGGAUGCCGCACUUCGAGGUGGUCGACGACACCAUCGCGCAGUUCAUGUUCAAGCCACGGCCGUAUGAAUGCAACAAGGCUCUUCUACGGGCGAGCGACACAGAACCCGGGGUGAUGCAUCUAAAUGUUGACCAAAGUGAACUAUGGGCCUUCUUCAACGCGAAAGAUAUAUCUAAGAUAAACUGUAACUAUACAAUCAUAACGCGUUAUAAAGACUCUAAGAACAACCACACUCUGGUCAAGAACUUCAAGCUGGCGAAAGUCGUACGCGUUCCACCGGACACGGAGUUCCUGUGUCUGCGGUGUUAUAGUCAGAACAAAGUCAUCUACAAGGACUGUCAUUUCUUUGCCCUGGGAAAGGAACCAAAGAAACAGAUUUCUCGUGCCAAAUCCUUUUCCGAGAGGGAGAACUUAAACCAAAGCAGAGGAUCUACUCCUGCCCACGAACGUGUCUCCGUGAUGAUCCUUGGCUUGGACAGUUUGUCGCACUUAAACUUUAAGCGGCAAAUGCGACGCUCUGCAGACUACAUUCGUAAGAAUAUCGCCCACGUUGAAAUGUGGGGCUACAACAAGGUAGGAGACAACACCUUUCCCAAUAUGGUACCCCUGCUGACCGGGUUGGACGACCAAGAGCUUAAUCUCUCCUGCUCCCCAAGGUCAAAGCGGGCCUUCGAUGGCUGCUCGUUCAUUUGGAAACGCUAUCAACAACACGGUUACCGCACCAUUUUUGCCGAGGAUGUUGCCAAGCUUUCUGCUUUCAAUUAUAAUCUAUACGGUUUUAAGAAGCAGCCCACGGACUACUAUCUACGUCCUAUGCUCAUGGAAAUGGAAGAUACGCUGGCCUUUAAAAAAGAGCUUAAUAUGUACCUCUGUUUGGGCAGCCGGCGAACGCCGGACGUGCUACUGGAGUAUAUACGGAAGAUGGUUCCACUGAUGAACCGCAACCUUUUUUUCUCCAUGUUUUGGACAGUGGCUAUGACUCACGACUUCUUCAACUUCCCCACCCUUCUGGAUGAGGCCUUGCUAGAUCAGUUAACGCAAUUUCAGGAGUCCGGAUUACUAAACCGGACCGUGGUGAUGCUUCUUUCAGAUCAUGGACUGAGAUGGGGCUCCUUUCGACGCACCUACCAAGGCAUGAUGGAGGAACGUCAGCCGCUAAUGAUGGUCUUGUAUCCGCCAUGGAUGAAAAAACUAUAUCCGGAAGCCAUGGCCAAUCUGAAGCUCAAUGCAAGACGGCUGAGUACUCCUUUUGAUGUGCACGCCACCAUGUUGGACCUGCUGGAUUUGAGGAACCUGGAGGCCGAUCAAUUGCAGCGUCGAGCAAUGGAGAUGGAGGACCCAGACAGCCAGCUGCCACGUGGCAUCAGUCUGUUCCUGCCACUGCCGAUAGAGAGGACAUGCGAACAGGCGGGAAUCGCCGCCCACUGGUGCACCUGCCACCACCGCCAAGAGCUACAGACCACCGAUCCCCGGGUGCAGCGGGCAGCCCGGUAUCUGGUCCGGCUAAUCAACAAUCGGCUGAACCAUAAAACGCAAUGCCGGACUCUCUACCUGAAUGCCAUACUCCAGGCCCUGAUAGCGGCACCACACUCUAAGAUCGUUAAGAACAUCUCCACGGACUAUGCGGUGGACAUUACCCUGCGCCUGCAGACAAAACCAGGCCUGGGUGUCUUUGAGUCGACUGUCCGAAUGACUGGAUAUUCAACUGUGCUCACUGGCACCAUCAGCCGGUUAAAUUUGUACGGAAGCCAGAGCUACUGCCUUAACGAUCCGGCCCUCAAAAUGUUUUGUUAUUGUCACAGAUAAUACACGUAAAAUAAAAGUGAAUUUUAUCUUCCCAGACUUAUGCACCGGCGUAGAAUCCUUUGAAUAGCUCAAAUACUAGUUAAUAUAAUUAUAACUAAUUUAGAAGACAAUAAACAUAUAAAACUAAUAAUCCAACUUUAUAUAAAACAGCAAAGGAAGAAUAUUGUAAGUUUUAUAUAAUAGAUGUUGUGUGUUAAAGAAAGUUAAUGAUUCGUGGUUAAUUUAUUCUAAAUGGGGUCUUCUUUCCAUCCCGGAUAGAUAAUUAAAAAAGUUUGGCGACGUAAAUUUAUGGUAGAGGGAUACUUAAGUGGGAACAAGUAAACCACCGAAAUCCUUUUCAAGGAGCAGCUAUUUCCAGAGCUAGUAACGCCAAAGAAUCUGGGCUGCGGAUCCAGUCAAUUAUGGUCAAUUCUAAAAUAAGAGCUGGCAACUAUCGUCAUCCCAUACUUUUAGUAAACUAUUUAAUUGUAUAUAAUGCUAACGUAUGUGAAUAAAAAUAAA